AUGAAUAAAUUUGUGGUCCCAUUGCAACCGUCUCGACGCUACCCGGUGCCGCAUCUUAUGCCACAUGCACCAUCAUUUAUGUUUGAAUCUCCUAGUCUUUUUUCGGACGAUGUUGAACCUUUGGGCGACUUAGUUCCUCCACUUGACAAUAAAAUCCCGUUAGUGCCGGUCAAGAAAUCAUCGCUAUUUGUCAAUAACAACCAUGACAACGAGAAUACACUUUGCAAACGCUGUCACAAAGACGUGAUUCAGAUUGUAGAAAAACGCAAACAAAUCGAUAAUCGACAUAAAAGAUACGUUUUUGGCGAGUUUCAUUACGAAUCGAAUGAACAAGGAGAAGAAGAAACACUCGAUUUCGAAGUGCCGGUCUGUAUGAAUUAUGAUGAGUUUAAGAGCGUGGCUCAGUCAACUUGUAAUAUCCCAAAAAUUCACGAAAUCAUGUGCAAGCUCGUCAAUGGAACUGGAAAUGUGGAGUUGGUAAAGAUUCGUAAUGAUAAUGAAUGGAAAAAUGUUAUCGAGUUACUUGGAGAUACAACGGAGUUGAAUUUUUGGUGGACUUAA